GUGUGAGCUAUCAUGUCGGACCGAAGUUUACAAGAUGUGAUCAGUUUGUUUGGACGUCGAUCGAGAACUCGGGGACUUGCAGAUUAUCAGAUAUUUGCACAAGGUCCAGUGAUUGAUUUGCGUUUGGAACGACACAACAGGUUAAUUAAAAGGGAAUACGACCGUGUAUUAGAUCAAGUUCUGGCGCUAUCCACUAUGCAGGGCAGUCGGCUUACAGCUGAGGCCCUUAUAAUCCUUGUGAAUGCUUCGGACAUACAUAUCAGAUCCAUUCGAGCGGAAUUCAGAAGUUUUGUGUCUCUUCUACAAAACGACGAGGACCGAAAUUCAAUGGAAUUUGAAAGAGAUAUGGAAGUUUCUGAACUUACUAGAAUGAAAGACAUCGGAGAAGCAGACUUACUUGCACACCGAGAAAACACACACUCGCCUGAAAGAGUUGCGAACAAAGUUAUCAACGUCCUGCUGAAAAUGGAAACAACUAGGAAGGCGUUCAGCAGAACAAUACGAGCGUUAGCUAGCAGUCGGCUAUAAAAUGUGGAAAAUGUAAAGCCUUUUAAAUGUACGCUUACCGUUGUUCUAUUUCUACUAAUAUAUACGAUAAUAAGUUGCAAUAUCUAUCAAAUCUAUGACACGAAAUUCUUUGAUAACAGUUCUGUCAUAAAGAAGCCUUUUAGAAAGAUGUGCAAAAUUUAAGAUUCAUAUUUCUAGUAACUACACGUAUGAACAACAGGUAUACUAAUGCAAUAAUCAAAAAUUAGCGACCAGUACAUUUAUUUAUAAAUUUUUAUGAAACCUUGUAGAGCGCAUGUGCAGGAAAAGAUUUUGGCAUGUACCAACUAUCAAUCGUUUUUUAAAUCUGAAAUGGAAUAAGAGAGAGUUUAAAAGCAUUUAAUUUAAA